AUGACAAGGCCCUUCGCCAUGCUUCUCCCCGCGGCCCUCGUUGCAGCUGUGAUGGCCGCUCCGGGUCUUAUCGAGCAGGCCCACCCCGUGGCACAUCGAUCGACUCCAACCACCUGCAUGACCGGCGCCCAGGCGAGCACGUCGGGAUACGUCCUGAACUAUACCGCCGUGGAAGACUCGGCCGCUGGCAACCGCUUCUACGACAUCGCGCCUGGUUUCAACACUGACCACUCCGUUGGCAGCGCGAUGAACCUGCCAGUGGCGCACGGCGACGACGCGAACGCAUACGCCUCCUUCAAGUGCCAGUUCACGUGCAACGCAACGCCCGGGUGCGUUUCGUUCUUCGGGCGGUUCGUCCAGGUGAACUCCACGUCCGAGCGCUUUGAGUGCCUUGGCUUCGACACCCUCCUCGAUGACUCUUCCUUCACAGCGUCCACUGGGAACAUGGCCAACGGGGGCUUCAACAAGCUGUGUGACUGA